UACAGGAAAUGACUACACUGCAGCUGGGAACAUGUAGUUGAAGCUGAGCAGCUGCUGCUACUGGGCUGAAGAGCUAAUUCUGAUGACUCUACCAACAAAUUAGGCUGUGUAGCCAAUAAGACAGCUUACUACAGGCCAGCUGUGCUCGUUAGGUGGCUUGGAGAUUUGCUGUGCAGAAAGUCCUGAUUCCUGACAAUGAGCAGAGUCCCAAACAAUAACCCACCCUCAUCCUCAAAAAGCAGCCUUUAUCAGAAGGAGAGAUUACUUAUAGCAUAGAUACAGUAACUUGAAUUCUUUGAGACGUGUGUGUCUGCAGAUGCUCCACUUCAGAUGUGUGUGUGCCUCAUGUGCCUUCCAUCAAAGAGUUCUUUCCAGCAAUGUCCAGGCAGUCUGCACAUGUGCUGUAGCUAUCCUCAUCCCCACACUUCAUUUAUUUCUGUACCAUGGAAUCCCCACCUGGGUAGGGGAUUCUGAAGCAGAGAGGGGAAGGAGGAUGGAUAAUGAAGCACUCAUAGGAACAUGCAUCUCGAGGAACUCCAGUUACUAUUCAAGGAUGAGACCUUUUUCCUUGACAUACCAGAUUCUGCACUAGAAGCUUUAAAUUUUGAACAAGAUGGAAGUCAACACCAGCAGACAGGUUUUCCUGAGAUUACAGAAGAUAACUUCUCAAGUGUUAUCCCUCAAGAAGAAAUGUUGAAGGAGCGCUCACUUAAAGGGGCCAAGAAAUUUCUCUCUGAAUCAGCUACAGUUGGAAACAAGGGAAUCAAACCCCCCCCCAUGAUUUUGAACAACCCUGCACAAUCAAAUCCCUCAUUACACAGUCAGAUGGUCUUAAAAAGGGCCAAAAAAUCUACCUCUGAAACAGCGACAGUUUCCAGGGGCGGGGAAAAGGGGCUCAGACCCCCAUAUGUUGAACCACUCUGCACUUCCCAAGCUAAGACAUCUACCUCUGCAGCUUCCAGGGACAUUGAUUACCUGUUUUCAGACUACAUUAAAACACACCUGAGACAGAGACAAGAGGCCUCGGGGUUCCCUCACUUGUGUAGCACCAAGAAUAUGCAUGGCCCCAUGAUAUUAGCACUUGUGCAACAAACAGACCUGGGAAUUGAAGAGGAAUUAGGUAACUUCAUUUCUGUGAAUAAGGGCUAUGCACGCCGGCUGCAGCUCUGUGGAAUAGGUGAGUAACCUCCAUACUGAAUCUAAGGAUUGUAAUUCCCUCACUUUUGGCUGUAGGGUCUUUACUGUGAGCGUCCCCAUUUUUAACAACCUCGCUCCCUCCAAAUGUCAGUGUUAUCAGGAUAGUUCUGGCAGAAUCUCUCCCCUAAAGAUGUUACAUGCAGUGUUGUGGUCACUGUCACUAGCUGAACCAACUUCUUUCAGUCAGCUAGGACGAAACUGAGAACAGCCUGUCCACUCAUGUCUCCUGGAACUGGCAUUUACGAUCACAGAAAUGUCCAAUCCCCUUGUGUUGUUGUUAUGAUUAUAUUACAAUAGCACUUAGAGGCCUCAACCAGGCUGGAGCCUCACCAUUCUCUCUGGGACUCUAAGCAAGGACAUGCCAUAACGAGCUUUGUAUCUCUCUGUCCAUUUUAAGUUUAGCUAGGCGAAG